AUGAAACUCUGUCUUGUGCUUUCCCUCGUUGUCGCCCUCGCGAUGGCGCAGCCGUCGCUGGCGAAAAAGAUCCGAGGAAGGGCUCCUCAACAAAACGAACGCCGAGACAUCCAAAUUCGAAAGAAAAGCAUGCGUUCCAACAACGGUGGAUACGGAGGCUAUCGUGAACCUAGCCUCUGGGUGCAACCGGGCGGUACGGGUGGCGGUCCUCCUGAUUUGAACCAAGUUACGGUUGGCCAGGUCACGGUCACACAGCAGAAUGGUCAAUCGUCUUCUUCUUCCACAACCACAGGAACAUCUACGACGACAACGUCAGGAGGAACGGUCACCGUAACAGGAGGACAGCCCAUCAUGAACGUAGGAGCCAAUGGCGAUCAAUUGGGAGACGGCUGUACUGGAGUCAUUUCCAUCACGAGGCCUGAUGGAAGCGUCGUUCAGUCUGGUACUCCAUGUGUUACCACUACCUCUACAAGCACUGCUGGUACUUCCUCAGGCUACCUUCGCCCAAAUCGUCAAAGUGGCAGUAACAGUAAGAACGAUCGUAGCAGAGAAGGAAACGCUGCUAGCGCUUCGUAUUGGACCAACCCAGCGGAUACAUCGGGAGGCGGUGCCCCAAACCUGAAUCAAGCUUAUGUUGGAGAGGUCACGAUAACGAGGAAUAAUCCUUGA